CUAAUUAAUCGGAUCUCAUUCGAAACAAUCAAAAAGUCAGCACGCGCUUCGAUCCAACACAAGAUGGCGCAGUGUCUGCACACACCUCCUCUCUCAUUCCUCAUAUGGACAGUCAGAGAUUCGUUGAAGUUGAUUGGAGUCAAUCCCAAGAAAGUGAUAAACCCGUUACUUCAAUCCCCUCAACUGCGAAAGCGAACGCAAAAGUGCAAUAAUUUCUCUACUUUAUUUUUACGACGAAAAUAUUGCAGUCUCCCUGAAACUCAUCUCGACAAACUGAAAUCUCAAGCCCUUACAUGUGGUGUCGAGUUUUUGUGACUGUCCAGAGGGUUCAGAGUCUACCGAGAACACCAAAAAAACGUCAUUACCGUCUACCUACCGGUAUUUCCAGACUUGUGUCUCCGAGGUGCUAUCGACGCUCUUGAAAUUGGGACGAUGAACCUCUUGUGAUCUCAUGGAGCAUGUGCUCUACUACACAAGUGCAAUUUUCAUUAUCGAUGGGGUGUUAAUAACACUGCGUCAAUGAACGGAGAUGAUUCCUCGAGACGUUCUGUGAAUUUUUCGUGAUAAAUACUUUCUGUGGUGAUUUUGGAGUUGUAAAUAAUACGUGCGUCAACAGCUGAAGAUAAUAUGGGAUUCGAUGUGAAUAGAUUCCAGGGGGAAGUUGAUGAGGAACUCAUCUGUCCAAUUUGCUCUGGAGUGCUCGAAGAUCCUGUACAGAUGAGUGAUGUGUUGCAGGCUCAGGUAUGUGAGCACGCAUUCUGCCGACUGUGCAUCAACGAGUGGAUCAAUCGUCAGCCCACGUGUCCCCUCGACAGAACCCCAAUAACAUCGGCCCAACUGCGACCAGUGCCCCGAAUACUGCGUAAUCUCCUGGCACGGCUCUGCAUCAACUGUGAUAACAUGAGGUACGGUUGCCAAGCGGUAAUCAAACUCGACAGUCUGGUCAGUCACCUGGACGAGUGUGAGUUCAAUCCGAAGAGGCCGGUGCCAUGCGAGCAGGGCUGCAACCUCAUAAUCCCGAAGGACGAGUUGAAGGAUCACAACUGCGUGAGGGAGCUGAGGAGUUUGAUACAGUCGCAGCAUCAGAAGCUCAGUGAUAUGAAGAGGGAGCUCGGGGAGCAGCAGUUUCAGAUCAAUGAGCAGAGGAGGGAGAUCAAUUUGUUGAAGGAUUUUAUGCGCGCCAUGAGGGUCUCCAAUCCAGCCAUGAGGGCUAUUGCUGAUCAGAUGGAGAGGGAUGAGGUUGUCAGAUGGUCCUCGACACUUCCCAGGGCUAGGGUCACCAGGUGGGGGGGCAUGAUAUCCACACCUGAUGAAUUGUUACAGACGAUGAUCAAGAGAACGUUAUCAGAGUACAACUGCCCUCCCCACGUUAUCGACGAGCUGAUGGAGAACUGUCACGAGAGGAAAUGGCCACCAGGCUUGAAUUCCCUCGAAACACGACAGAAUUCACGAAGACAGUACGAGAAUUACGUUUGCAAACGUGUGCCUGGUAAACAAGCAGUCCUUGUACUCUACUGCGACAAUGCCCACAUGCCUGAGGAUAUGAUGGUGGAGCCCGGGCUCGUUAUGAUUUUUGCCCACGGUAUUGAGUGAAAAAUGGGCACAGAACAUUCGGCAUUUGUAGUCACUACUUCGAGAUACCUGUGAGUUAAAUAUUAUGAAUGGGAAAUUUACAUUGCGGGCAGUAUGAUUUUACAUGCCAUUGGGGGAUGAAACGUAUAGAAAACUCGAGAGAUUCUGUCUAAAAUUUAUUGUUUUUUGUUAAUUUGUUGGGAGAAAUAUUCAGUAGUUUUUUCUUGCGGUUUUCAUAUGAUUAUUCAUAUAAAAUAUGUGAUAGACAAGAUCAAUAGAUUUGGAUUAUGCUAUGGAAAUGUCCAAACUUUAAUUGAAAAUUGGUUUCUUCAUCGCGAAUUUCAAAAUUUGUGAUGAGAAAAAAGAAGAAAAAUGAACAAAAACUCGAGAAAUGCUUAAAAUUGAUUGUUUUUGCCAAUUUGCUAGGAGAAAUAUUUAGUAGUUUUUCCUUGCGGUUUUUACUAGAAAAUUUAAUUCAAAAUUUCUUUCUUUGUUUCAAAUUGCAAAAUUCUACCCAAAGAUUCACAUAGAUGAAAACUGAAUAAAACAAAUUGUAUGAAACAAUCGAAAUUCAUAGAAUUUCCUUAUCGCAUAUAAAAACCGAAUGGCAAAGCUACUGAUUUUCUGUUAAAAAUCUACAAACGAAGAAUAGAAUUUCCUAGGGAUUAUGUCAUGCGUGAAAGCUCGAUCUAUCGCAUGAACGAAAAAUAACGAGAGCCUCAUAUGACGAUGUCGAGACUUUUUGUGUAAAAACGAUAAAAUUCCACACGUUUAAUUAUUUUAAAUAACUAAGACUGUGAUACACUCAACUUUCUAUUGUCACAAUGAUAAUUACUUGCGACGAGUAAUACAAUGUACACGCCAGUUUUAAAAUCAACGUUGAGAAGAGAUAAUCGUGAUUAAUUUCUCUGGAACUAAUGUUCUUUACGUCUCUCGGUAUUUACAUGUUUUUUAAUGAUUAUUCGGCUGUACUUGCUGUGUCAUUACUUGCGCUUAACUCGAUAUUAGUUCGUAAGGUUUUAAUACUUACAGUAUGAUUUCUGGCCCUCUCCUUAAAUUCAGUGUCCUCCAUUUUUGGAUCACCCCAGAAUGUUGUGUUUUUAUAAUGUAAUUUACUUUUUUUUAAAUACAAAAUAAUAAAAGAGAGAUGAAUGAGUUGAAA